AUGGCUGCCGCAACGUUGAUGUUGGUGAGAGCGUCGGCAAGGGCUACAUUACUUGGCUCUCGCGGCAAAAUAUCCCAUCUAAGGACACUUCCUAAUGCUCUUAGGACCUUAAGAGUAAGUUGACCGUCUCCGUUGCUUUUUAGCAGAAGUGCAAGCCCUAAUUUACGCGUAAAAUUUCGUUGCAGUUGUAUUCGACGACAGAUGCCGGAGGAAUCCCUGAACAUGAAUUUCAAGACAAACCGAGAUUUCCAGGCGCUACGAAUUCCUGUUAUACCGAAAAAAUGGAUUUUGUCAAUCCCGAUGAUGGUCAAACGAUUCCUGUUUAUCGAGUCAUGGAUCGUAACGGAAAUGUUUUUGACGAAUCACACGAUCCUAAGGUAGAAUACCAGUGGGAGUGUUAGGGGCUUGGCCCGUCCCCUAAAAAUUUAAAUAAUGUAUUGAACAUACCAUUUUACAAUAAACAACCAUCAUCUUUCAUUAAAAUCGGAAUUUUAUAAAGGAAUUUAAACUUCUGCGUAUUUUGGUCAGGGAGAUAAAGCCAUCAAGACAGCGUUACUUUAUAGCACUAAGACUUACAUGGCACAUAACUGGGUCAAGAGUCACAACUGGUAGGAGGAAAAUCAGUUGAUUAUAUAUGGUGUUAUUCAGUUCUAUUAUUAGUUUUGAUAAGAAGUUUGGAACAUACAGAGUAGGAAAAUAUAAUUUAAACCAAGGAGAAAGAAAUAAACCACAGCAUGUACAAGCUUGACAAGGAAGUAAAAAAUUGAGAAAAAAUUAAUCAAAGUAGUGGUCAUGGCUGAACUUGAUCUCAGGCCUAUUGCAGGUCUUGUGCUAUGAUAUUUAGGCUCACCCAGGCGCGGAUCUUGAAUAGAUGCUGACUGAUUUCCUAAGGCGCUGAAAGCCCAAGCUUCUAGCGGGGUCUGGGGGCAUGUUCCUCAGGGAAAUUUUUGGGAUUUUAACUCCCCAAAGACUCAUUUCCAGUGUUUCUGAGUCAUUCAGACUGGGUACUUGCUGACUGUCCAAACCAUGUUCAGUUUUCAACUUGUGAAGUUUUGUCUUUUUACUAUAACUGUAUUAAUUUUAUUAUGAAAAAUCUGACCGCUUUUGGUAAAAUCAUGGAAACCGGUACUGAUCUGCGCCUGCCACCAAAUAGGCCCAGCACCUUUUAUAUGGGAAGGGUAGAGAUGGAGAUGGACAGAUGUGUUGUCUGGUAUGACUUUUUGGUGUACAGUAAACAUAAAUUAUUAAUUUUUUGAUAUGUAUUUUAGUAUUAUUUUUCUAUCAUUUUAUUUCCUACCUGUGCCAGCUGGACAAAGAGACAAUACAAGAUAUGUACAAGAAGAUGACCUUAUUAAAUACAAUGGACCGUAUUCUAUAUGAGUCACAGCGACAAGUAAGACUUACAGUGUGUCAAGUAAUUUUUAGUAAAACUUCCAGUAAAAAGUAUUGUUGAAUCUCCAUUAAGAAGCUACCCUUAUGGGAACCGGCAAGUGGUCGGUUAAUGGAGGUGACAACAAUAGGAGAACACUUGGAGGGAUGGCCAAAAGGUGGCUGCAGCCACUUGAUGGAGGUACAAAUGUAGCUAAUGGGGGUUUAAUUGACAAUAUUGUUCUGCAAUUUUGGUACUUUGAUUAAUGGCUGUUUAAUUGAGAGUGGCUACUUGUCAUUGUUCUCCCUAAAUUUUGGGGAGAAAGUUCAUGAAGGCUUUUAUUUUUUAGCAUCCUGUCAACCAAUAAAUGAGCGAAAAGUAUUUUAAAACGUCAAAACAAAGAACUGCACAAAUGAAGACUGCCUUUGCUGCUAGGGUCAAUUUAGUAACACGAGUUGUGGAAGUCGCAAACGUUUCCUGCUGGUUGAGAAAGUCUGGAAUUGAGAAUCACAGAAGCUCAUAAAAAAAUUAUUGUUAGUCUUGUUAGGAACCAGUCAGCAUUUAAAUAGAGUAAUCAGAGAGAAUAGUUGUGUAUACUUUUUGUUUUUCCAUAUUUACUUCCUUUUCUUGUGAGGAUUGGCUUGGAUCACAACUUACGUAUUUUUUGAAACAACUUAUUUACUGGUAAUGUUAGUGUUGCUUCAAGAGGUAAAUUUUACUGGUUACCACCUGAUAAGGAGAACACUGCACUUAUUGGGUAGCUGCUUAAUGGAGGUUCAACUGUAAUUAAACCUUCUACUCCAAAACUGAUAUAUUUAAACCAUCUAAUUUCAUAAAGAAGUUCCUCACAGAUAAAAAAUUUUAUAAUGCAGCACAAGCUUUUACUACACCUUUGUUAAAUUAUAGCUCACAAAAUUCAGGAAACCAUUUCUUUCAGCUGAGUGUGUAAAAACAUUUCUUUAAAUAUCAUUUAGGGACGAAUAUCAUUUUAUAUGACCAGCUACGGUGAAGAAGCUACUCACUUCGGUAGUGCUGCUGCUCUAUCGCCUGAGGAUGUAGUACUUGGUCAGUACCGUGAAGCGGGUGUGUUGAUGUGGAGAGGAUUCACUUUAGAUGAUUUCAUGAACCAGUGUUAUGCUAAUCAGAAUGACAAUGGAAAGGGACGACAAAUGCCUGUUCAUUAUGGCUCUACAGAACUCAACUUUGUCACUAUUUCAUCAACCCUUGCUACUCAAAUGCCACAAGGUUAGACCAGUUUUUAAAAAUACUAUGCUUUUAGUAUCUUUUAUAAUGAUAUUAACAGGGAUGUCACUAAGAUACUUCAAGUUGCCGGGUAAGUACAACAAGGAGGCAGGGAAUAAAACAGCUAGGGAUUUCUUGUGGUGCUAUUUUUCUUCUCUUUUCCUACGUAAGUAGCCAGCAACCACGUUCAUAGUAGCCGGGGGAAAUCCCCAGCCCCCGCCUUUAAAUGACAGCCCUGUAUUAAUUUUAUUGUAAUAGGUAAUUUCAAACAUUUCACCGUUUGUUUUUGUCAUGAAAAUUCCGAUAAUAAAGACAGAGAGGUAGUGGUAAUGAAGAAAGUUUGCUGUCAAGCUGAGAUCCACAACAGUUAUUUAAUUCUGAUGACUUAUGUUCUCUCAAAAUACAAUCACUCUCAAACAAAGAAAGUUUAAAAAAUCUAGUAGGCCCUACAUCAAUAAUCCUGUACCUUUUUAAAUGAUUAUUAUUAUUUUUUAAAAAAAUUAGAUAAAGGAUAUCAGUGACAAAGCAUCUUGUUAUUCUUCCGUUGCAGCAUCUGGCUAUGCCUAUGCAAUGAAAAGAGCGGGCACUGGAAACUGUGUCAUCUGUUACUUUGGUGAAGGAGCAGCCAGUGAAGGAGAUGCUCAUGCUGCACUUAAUUUCGCAGCAACUUUGGAAGCUCCUGCUAUUUUCUUCUGGUAAAAAGGCAUCUGUAGAAACACUUAGCUUUUUAUUCAUUAAAAGUUCUUCUGACUUUUUUUGGUGUAGUCUGAAAUGUCAGCCAACAGGAGCAAAGAGAUGGCUGACAUUUGAGACAAUUAUUACUGUUGGUAGAGUAUACCAAGCUUUUUUUAAUCGUGACCCAAGCAAAAAUAAUCCACAAUAAUUAGACCAUUUUUUAUUUUCCAAAACCCCUCACUUUCAAAAUGAGGUCAAGUGCUCAGAAAUGACCUAUUAAUUUCAUACAUGAUAAAAGCAAUCUUCAUCACUGAAACCUACAUUACAGAAUAAGAAUGGAAUAACUGAGAACAAGUCACUGUUUGAAAUGUAUGAUCUCAAGAGUCCCCACACUCUAUCCCCUUCCCUCGCAGAAAUCAGUACCUGUCUUAUGUGGGUUCGGUGGGGUGCGGGGACUUGUGCCGGUAUUGCAAGAUUGCUAAAGAAUCCAUUUUCAGAUAUUUCAUUUCUGUUCUCAUGACAAUCCAAAGAGUCUGAGAUCAAGACAUCUUGGAGUUUCCCCUCCCCACCCCCUCCCAAAAGAAUGCACCCUUAGUUGAAUUAUCAAUUUUUUGUAGAUUAAAAGUGACUGGUCUUUUCAAAAGCAACUUAACCUUUUGUCUGUGUCAACAGUCGUAACAAUGGCUAUGCAAUAUCUACCCCUACGGUUGAUCAAUACAGAGGGGAUGGAAUAGGUGUGUAAACUAGUAUUGUUUAUAAAAGUUAAAAGUCAUCACACAAUAGUAUUUCAGUGAAUUCCCAGCUGAGAUUGACCACAUCAUUUCACAUCAUCCUUCUCAAGGAUCUGAAAUUGCCGUAUUUCUAAUCAUUAAAUGGCUGAAGAUCAAGCUAAUCCUUUGUUUUGAUUGCCUAACCAAGCAAGCAAAGGAGGCCUAUCUUGCCUGCUUUAUUUCUGCUGUAAUUGUUUUCUUUUAGCUGCAUACAGUUGACUCUCUCUUAACCAACACCUCUAUAAGAUGGACAUCUCUAUAAAACGGACACCUAGAGUUGGUUACUACCUUUCUUUACCCUCUUUAUUUGACUCUCUCUAAGACAGACAUCUCCUUCUUAGAAAGAGUUGACUGUAUUUAGAAUAAAUCCAUUAUUGACCAAGCUUGUUGAUGUAGGUGGCUAGAAAUUGGUGCCUUUGCCAUAGUAUAAGCAAGAACGUAGGCAUUUUCAAGCUAUCUUGACCUCACACUUGGUCAUCUUGCAUUUUUUUUUCAGCUGGGCGAGGCCAGGGCUAUGGUAUGAUGGCAAUUCGUGUGGAUGGCAAUGACGUCUUUGCAGUUUAUAACGUAACAAAAGCAGCACGUAAUAUCGCAGUUAAUCAACAAAGACCUGUUUUGAUUGAAGCCAUGACUUACAGGUUAGACAGAGAAGUAUAUUGUUCUCUUGAAAAAAAAAUUAUACUUUGAUCUCCUCCACACUGUGAAAUUCCAGUAUGGAUGCUGUUAGAAUCAGAAAGUAUGUUUAUUUUGUGGACUGCACUCAUAAUGAGGAUGGUGUUUUUCAAGAAAAUGCAUAGGUUUUCCCACUUUUAAUUCCUUAACCUAGGACAUCUAAAAUCUCAACCCUAGUAAUUAUUUUCUACUAAAAUUUCUCUUAUAGUGUAUUACCGAUGAUGAGUUUUGCAGCAGGUUUUGUACAAAGUAACAUACUUUUGCAGACCCAAAUUUUGUUAAUCUCCAUUGCCAGUGAUGCAAGCUUACUGCCCACUUUUUUUUUUCUGUUAAUAGUUGAGAAUAAUAUUCGUAUUUGCCCUGAGUUGUUUCAGGGCUGACAGUUAAUUCUUCAGGGCCUGGUUACACAGCACAACCUAACAUUAAGUGCAAAUUUUUUAUUAAAUGACGGAGGCACCCAAUGACUUUUUUUGGUAAAAUAACUGUUCUAAGGAGCAAAUAUUGCCUAAAAUUUUCCAAAUCUCAACAAAGACUAAAAAUAUCUGGAUAGUCACUCUACUCGCUAAGAUAUUUGGAGUUUUUCUAGUAACUUACCUGCGAUUUUUAGAGGUUGUGUUUUUUCGUAUUUUAUAACCAAGAUAUCGCUAUUUUUGUAAAAAAAAAUAAGGUCUCUUGAAAAUUUUGUUAGAAAAACAUCACCUAGGCUACACCGUGUCCUCAAACUUUUGACCAGGCCCAUCAGGGUGGCUAACAAUUUUGCAUGAAUCGAAAAAAUUAAGCCACCUAAAACUUCUGAGAUGAUCAUAGUUCCCCUACGACAUCCAAACAGAUAAAUAGUUUUCAGGGCAGCUCCAAAUUAACCAAUCAGACUUCUUAAGCAUGGAGAAAACCAUCCGAAACACUUCUGACAUAAUUGGGAACAUCAUUUUGGUAGUUGGGCGCAACUAAACUGUUCCCUGAGUUGUGAAGGAUUUUCUCUGCUCCUUUUCAUUUCCCUACUCUUGUAAUCUGCCUUUAGCCAAGUAAUCCAUAAUACCAUCCAUUGUAACUUUCUUACCCUCCUUUUUGACAGAAUUGGUCAUCAUAGCACUAGCGAUGAUUCUUCAGUUUAUCGCUCUUUGAAAGAAGUUAAUUACUGGGACAAGGAAGACCAUCCUAUUGGAAGGCUCAGGUUUGUAAAUGGUAGCUUGAAAUUUCCAUAAUACCAGGAUUUGUACUACUUUUUUUUCUCAGAGAGUAGCUUCCCUGAUUGACUUUUUAACCCUUUAACCCCCAAUAUCUGCAGAUAAAUUCUCCCAAAUGAUCUCUGUACAUUUUCUUUCAGAAUUAUUUGGGAGAAGUUGAUAAAAUAUCAAAGCAUUUUUUUCUUAGUGAGUUGUGGCUCAAUACAUUUAUUUAUCCUUGCGUCAAUUUUUUCUUCAUGUUCCAUAACUAUCUUGGCAUUCAUUUUAUCCAGAAAAACCUUGGAAAAAUAAUUAUAAAAGAGAAAAUCUGUAAAAGAUGCGUGACAAAUCUGACGAUGUUGGUUUGAAUGAAUGAAUAGAAAUGAUUGCAAGCUAACUUUUACAGACAAAAAUAUAGUGUAAAAAACAACCUUAAAUUCCAUUUUUGAUGUGUGAUGCAUGCCCUUUAGAAAAAAAAUGAUGUCUUGGAAAGACCUUAAACUUUCUGGACUCAGGAACGGUAUUUUUAAAUUACCUAGAAAUUACAUGGAGAAAAAAGAAUGGUGGGAUAAGGAGAUGGAGGAAGAGUGGAAACGUGAUGCUCGUCAGCAAGUUAUGCAAGCAUUUUCAAGAGCUGAAAAAGCACUAAAGCCGCCUGUCAGGGACAUGUUUACUGAUGUCUAUGACACCCUACCAGCUCGCUUGAAAAAACAACAUGAGGAAUGCAUGGAACAUGUAGCAAAAUAUCCACAUGAGUAUCCCACUGAACUCUAUGCUCAAGAUAAGUAAAUCAGGAUUGUUAAAUUUUUGAGAAUGUCUGCUUCAGUAUCCUGCAUUGGCAAAAGUUUCAAUGACUAGAUUAAUAAUAUUAUUGUACAACAUCUACAACAGAAAAGAUCAAGUGUUGUCAUCGUUUCGCUGUUCUUCAAGAUCCAUUUUAUUCUCAGUGUCUCAGUAGUAUUCUAACGGUUCAAGUUAAGUUCACGCGUCGAAAUCGGCUUGCCUCUUUUCACUUCUACAUUUCAAGGAUUAAUAGUGUGAUUACAGAAUGACUCGCUGAAAAAGGAAAAACCCAAAUAUCCUGAUGAGAAAUUCGCUCAAAGGAUGAAAACACUCUUGGAAAAAGCAACUUACUCUGGCGUGAAUUGUCUCCGGGUCUUCGUUUCUAAUCUGAAUUCUUCUGUUCAUGUCAACUGCUAGCUCAAAACUGAAUUUUAAAACAUAGCGGUCGAAUGCAAAAUACCCUUAGGGAAUUUAAGGGACGUGUUGCUAUCAGCAACGGAUUUAAUUUAUAACAUCAAGUGUUUAACUGUUGGUGAAGGAACACUAUCUUAUCUCUUAGUACUACAAGAAAUCAACACAAUGUAAAAUUUCCAAGGACUGUUACCAUAGUGAGCAUCAAGUUCACAUUUUAAUUUGCUGUAGGUAUAGCAAAAUGGUGUUAACUCUUUUGUGCAAAGGUUUCUCAGGUAUUUAAGUUGUUACUGUGUAACCCCUAGUUUAAAAUAGGUAGAUAUUUAAAAAAAUUAUAUAAACUGAGAGUUCAGUCCCAGUUGAAUUUAAAUUUGCAACAACAGUACAGUCGGUGUGGAAGGUUUCUGUGGAAUACUUUGUUGACCAAAGUGAAAGUUUUUCCAUCUUGCAGUCAGUAAACAUUAUUUUGUUGUGUGGGAGACCCUACUGCUUGAUUCAAAUUUUGUAUUAACUGCAGAAGAAAAUAUAGAAACAAGUUAAGGAAUAAAUGAUCUUUGCUUGUCGAUUGUUAUAUUGAAGUUUUUUACAGUGGCUUUUGAGUACCAAGUGAAAUAUCUGUUGGAAGGUGUGUGGAAUGGUAUGAUGUUUGUAAAAUCUCAUUUUUUACUUAUGAACCUUCUGGAAGAGAAAUGUAACAUGGUGGUAAAAUAUUUUUACAACUGCUCUUAGCUACAAUAUGUCAAAUUUAGCAUUGGCCUGUCAAGUGGAAAAUUAAAUGUGGAGUUGAGGAG